AUGACCUCUUCAGAUCCAUCCUCUCUUGCGGGCAAGACAGCCCUAGUCACUGGUGGUAGCCGAGGCAUUGGUGCCGCCAUCGCCGUCCAGUUUGCGAAAAAGGGCAUCACAGGCAUUGCGGUGACAUACGCCAACAGCCCCGAAGCCGCCGAGCAAGUCCUUGCCACCUGUCGGGAGCUAGGCGUGCAAAAGACCGUGGCAGUACACGCGGACCUCCUCGACACCGAAAUCGGCCCUAACCUGAUCCCGAAGGUGCUCGCCGGCCUGGAGACCAAGACGCUCGAUAUUAUCGUGAACAAUGCUGUUGUUGUCGAUUUCAGUCUGAUGGAGCCUUUUGAGGGCAUCACUCUCACCGCGUUCUCGAAAGCCAUGCAAGGCAAUGUCUUUGGCCUGAUCAGUAUCGUCCAGGCAGCAUUGCCCCAUCUUCCUCCACACGGCGGUCGAGUCAUCAACAUUUCCAGCAUCACCUCCAAAACACCCAAUACCGACCCUAUGAUGGUUUAUGGCGCCUCCAAGGCUGCGGUGGACAGCAUCACGAGGUCCCUUGCGCUGACGUACGGGAUCAGGACUGGGGCGACAUUCAACUCGGUCAGCGUCGGAGGAACACUCACUGAUGCGAUGAAGAAGGUCAUCGAGCUUGUUGGCCCGGCUGCGGAGCAACACGCCAUUGACGAUUAUACCGCUGAGAAGCGGAUCGGGGUGCCUGAGGAUAUUGCUUUCGUGGUUGGAUUCCUCGCUAGUGAGGAAGGCCGUUGGAUCAAUGGGAGUCAUGUAGCUGCGAAUGGGGGUAGCAGGGGAUUGCUUGCGCUUCAGGGAUGA